AUGCCGGCCGAUGUUGUAAGCAUCGUUUCUUUCAGUAUUACCUGCUUUCAGGGCUGCGUUAAAGGUCUCGUCAUCCUCAGUAAGGCCAAACACUACAAUGAGGACGUUUCAGCCGUUCAAUUCCAGACACAGCUCAUCCUUCACUCACUAAUGACAUGGGCGAAAGAGGCAGGUUUGACGCAAGAGCCUCCGACGUUGGAGGUGAGCGCAAAUCAUGCUCCCCGUGUUCCUGAAAUCCUGGGCCAGCUAAAGAGGCUCUUCUCGGAUAUCAACGAGCUGAAGCGCCGAUACGGAAUCAAUCUGCAGCGCACCGAUGAGGAUGUCGACGUGGUUGAUGACGACGUUGCUGCAUCGCUGCUAGACGCAGACGUCCAGGAGGGGGAGCGGACCGAGAGGAUCGACGUUACUGUGUUUCGUAAGAGAAAGCAACCCUGGAAAAGGCUGAGGUGGGUUACCCUUGAUGAUCAGAAGUUUGAUCGACUGUUGGACAAGGCCAACGGCUAUGUCAGGGAGCUGGGAAGGUUUCUCGAGCAGGCGAGGCAGGAACGGAUGGAAAAGUACCUGGAGUUCUGUGUUCGCCACGCUAUUGUGAAGGCAGAAGAUCAGCUUCGACUAGGUAUCAUUGGGAAGGAAUAUCAGAGGCCAGUUCCCAACCAUGCCAUCUCUUCCGCCGCCAAAUUGAAACAAAUCAGGCUGGACUUGGGCAUCUUCGAUCAGACACGAGAAGUUCCCAUGACCACACUCCAGGAGUCUUCGACCGCUGUUGCGACCGCUUCGAGGAAUAGUUCUAUCACGAUGUCCACUGGUAGUGGCAGUGGCCCCAUCACCAGCAAUUCGAAAGGCAUGCAACUGCGGAUGAGGCUUUUGACUUUGGACCGGGCAGCAAGGGCGCAGCCUCAUCGGACGUUGGCGCCUUAUGAUGGCCGAACCGUCCUCGUGGAAUGGAAGUACGUGACAUGUCUGGACGAUUCGACCAUCUCCACGAGGGUCAACCAAGUCGCCGCGUUCCUUCAGGCUCUCGGACCGACGCUCCACAGCCUGCAAUGCCGGGGAUUCGUGACGGACCGCGUUUCAAACAGAUAUGGGUACAUAUUUGACCUGCCCGACGAGCUUCAUAGCUCACCCUCGCCCUCACCGUCAUACCAUUCGCAGGAAGCGGUCCAUAUCAAUGUCGAUGUCCGGAAGUCGGGAGUACCGUCGCUCCCGCACUCCACGCCGCAGUACAGGCCACUACGGGAAAUGCUUGAUCAGCCUGGCAUGGUGUCUUUGAAUACGAAGUUAUCCCUCGCAGUCACGCUGUUGGAGACUCUGCUGGAUCUGCACACUGCCGGAUGGCUUCACAAAGAAUUCCGCAGUGACAACAUCUACCUGAUCCGAAAAGCAGACAACAACACCACCACCACCAACAACAACAACCUCCUUUAUCAUGGCGCCGCCAAGGACGACCUGUCGACCUACUCGGCCUAUAUAGCAGGUUACGUGUCCUCGCGGCUCGAUAGGCCCGACGAAAUGACGGAGCCUCUGAAAUCCGAACUCGAAGCAGACCUGUACCGCCAUCCGGCCUUGCUGAGCGACGUUCGCCAGCCGUAUCGGAAAAGCUUUGACAUUUUCAGCGUCGGAUGCACACUGCUCGAAAUCGGACUUUGGCUACCUCUCCGUCGAAUUCUCGAGGCUCACUCAGUGGCUGCCCGUCCCGAACCGCAAGAGAGACGGUCACCAUCGAUACCAGAGCGAGCGUCAGACCAGACCCUGGUUAACGGCAACUUGCCGGACGCGAGCGGUGAAGUCCUCGAGAAUGAGAGACAGCACCCUGCCAAUAAAUCCGAGCCAUCGCUGGAUCUUAUGGAGCUCAAGCACGAGCUCUUGUGCUCUCACCUACCGGAUCACCCCAAAAAUGUGAACGUGAACAUGGCCACUCAGGAAUUCUCGUUGGCUGCAGGCGCCAGUGGAAGGGGCAUCAUGGUCUCCCUGGAGGCCACCAUGGGGAAGCGCUAUACCAACAUCGUGGAAGGCUUUCUUGCGGCGGGUAACGCGACGGAUCACCCUGACGCCAACGAGCAUGAAUACGCCCUUCAUCUUGAAAUGAGGGCAAGGGACACCGUCCGAGCCAUUGCGGAGGCCGUAUAG